AAUCCUCUCUUGACUUUCCACCUCUCUCCUUUCCCUCCGCUCUUACUCACCUCAGUCUUUUUGUCAUCCUCUUCUCUCUCCCUCUGUGUGUUUUCAUCCUUUCAGUCUCUUAUGCUCCCCACCCCCUCUUCCUCACAGAGUCUCCCUCUCUCCUCUCCUCAUUCUGUCCCCUUUCUCUCUGUACUCUCCUCUCCUCAUUCUGUCCCCUCUCUCAUCUCCUGCUGUCCAGAAUGGUGAGACUGACGCUGGGGAUUCUGGCAGUGUUUCUGGCUGUGUGUGGAGUGUCCAGCUUUGUGUUGCUGGGGGUGGCUAUUGGGACGGACUACUGGUACAUCAUAGAUGUCUCUCAGAGGGAUGGCAGCUCCAAUAUCUCCCUCAGCUCGACCUCGGGACUGUGGAGAACCUGCAACUCCCAGAAACAGUGUCAGCCAUUCGUCAAUCCGUUUGAAGGCGGAAAAAACAUCACAGAUACUUACAGGCAACUAUUAAAAAUGCACGGGACAUUCAUCGUGUUACUUCCCCUCAGUAUGAUUAUUAUGGUUGUCGGGGGAAUGAUGGGGUUCAUCGGCCUGCUGGCCAGAGCUUACCUCCUACUGCUGAUGGCUGGAGUACUGCUACUACUAGGAACCCUGUCUACUCUAACAGGGGUCAGUGUGUACAUGGCCUACUCUGCUGCAGUCUUCCAGGAGGCGUUGUGUCUGGCUGAGCAGAGAGGGGUUAACUUGGACGUGGUCAGCACUGUGUUCGGCUGGUCCCUGGUCCUGGCCUGGCUCUCUGGUGCAACACAACUCCUCACCUCUGCUGGCUUCCUGCUGGCCUGUAGGAUCACCACAAAACAGAGAGAGGAGCUGGAACUGUGAGUGAGGGAUCCAAGAAGAGACAAAGAGAUCGGAUUAAAAUGAAAAAGAAUAGAGAGAAAGAGCUGUCCUUAAAUGGAGAGCAGUUGUGGCUGUUCCUCAAUAAAUCAUACUGCCUAAGUUUUCACAUUCCAACAAAGUUAUAUCAACUGAAGAGCAAAUCAAUGUGAGGACCAUAUUAAGCGAUUAUUGAUUGACAGAGGAACAUCAUUAAAGAAAAUAUACUUGUUUCGUUGUUAAAAUCACAAUUUCUGUACAGAAUGGAUUUUCUGGAAAUUCCCUGCAGCCAGCCAACACGACAAUGCUAACCGUCUCAGCGGGGAGCAACUUACAAAUGUUGCCCUCCAUUAAUCUGUAUGCCUUUCAGUCUCUGCUAACGUUGGAUAUUGAUGUUCAUUGCACUGUAGCUCUCACCCUUUAUCUCCAUCUGCCCUGUUUCUGUUCACUGAUCUGAGACAGAAAUAUCAUGUUUCUCCCUAUGAAGACAUGAAGCGUGUGUAGACUGAAAUUAUUGGUGGCAUGAAGAUGCUAAUUACCUGAGAGUUGUAACAUGCUAUUCAAUCCCUCUAUCAUUUGAAAAUGGUGAUGAUGAUGCUGUUGUUGUAAGCUUCUGAGAAAAGGACAGGGCCAUUAAAAUAACUGACAAAUACUAUAAUGACAUAUGAUUUAAAAGACACGAGAAGGACACAAGAAAGACAGUGAGAGUGAGAGAGGGAAAGAGAGAGAGAGAGAGAAGCCGAAGACGAGUAGGCGAAAGAGAAAGAAAAUGGAAGAGGUUUCAAGUAAUUCCUGUCUACUCUGCAACAGGCACACUAAAUGCAUGGAAAUUGAUUCUAAUUCUGAAUGAAAUGACUCUGAUUAUUGUCAUUUAGAGCCCAAGCCAUUAUACCUCCCGGGGUAUCACUUAGAGGGACAGACAAGGAGAAAAAACAAAGAUUAGAAGAGGAUUUUUUUUUUAUCCUUCUUUAAUAAGACUAUAUUACAUUAAGAAAUCCCCACCCACCCCCAGCACACACACAACCCAACCCCCAUAAAAACACAUGGUGUGCUGCUACACCUCCACAAACAUCUUACACCGCACACAGAUACAUACCUCAAACCCCAAUCACAACUGGACCUCAAAGCCCCCUUGUCCAACCACACAGACAGCCCCCGCAAGUCACCAAACCUCCUCAAAAAGUUCAACACUGUCAAUAAGUUUUUAAAAGUCUAACUCGACCCUAAGGCGUGCAGGGACCAUCCCCCUAAAUAACAACACCGGGUCCGUAACCCCUGACCCCCUGACCCCAUGACCAACUUAGAUUGGGCAAACUAAAAAUACCUAGCACAUACAGAGAAUACAUGUUGGACAGUCUCAGCCAUCAUAGAAAAAGGACAGCCUUCCCCAAUCCCAGGGUCAACUCGAGUCAACCAGCUAUUGGUGGCCAGGGCCCCAUGUAAAACCCUCCACUGGAGGUCACCAGACCGUUUGGGAGCUGGGAGUUUAUAGAGCACCCUCCACCUAUACCCAGCCAGGCCAUCAGAGCCCAGAACCCCCUGCCAUUGGGGGCCCCUAACACCUUCCAACUCCCUAAUAUCCCUGACCUUCACACAGAGGGAGUACAAACCCUUGCUCCCCACCUCUGCAAAAUCACCCAGUUCAGGAGAACUAAAAGACAAUAUGUCCCCCCGACCCCCCUGCCAGUCCCCCGUCUCUGCCGUCACCUGUAGUGGUGGAAAUGGUUGUGGCCCCUCCCCCAGUGCCACCUCGAAGACUCCCCUCACCGGUUCCGGCAGCGCAUCCUGUACCUCACCCAUGAACCUCUCCAGCACCCGGUGUGACGUAAUCCCAGACUGCCAGCUCUUGCGGGGUCUUCCAGCCUCCACCCCCGGGCCACCGUUAAUCCGCCAGUGUCCUGAUACCUGCUGCCAUCAACAGUCCAAGCAGGGUCGCAGAAUGGACAGAACCCAAAGGGAUCAGUGUGUUAUGAAAAAUGGGUUCCUUCCACACCCAAGGUCCAGGUGUCACUCCGUCCUCACGCACGAACGUCAGCAAUCCCCAGGCCUUCAGAACUGCACAAUAGAAGUCUGAGACCCCGGACAGCUUCAGCCCCUGCAGUCUCGUGAGGAAGAGCUGAUCCAGCCCCAGACCACCGGCCCUCCUCAGCAGAGCACAAGCUGGUCCCCUCUAACUGACACCUGGUUGAUCCAACAGUCUCUGUGCUGCUUUAAGACGAAAGGCUGCCACCCUGCUCUCCAGGUCCACCAGGCCCUGACCGCCCUCCCGGACCGGUAAAAACAAAACAGCCGCCCUCAGCCAAUGAUGUCCAGACCAGAAGAAGUCCACCAGCGACGCUGUAAGUCCGCCAGCAGCCCGGCCGGGGGGUUAAGAACAGCAAGUCGAUGCCACAGGGAGGACGCCACCCAGUUGUUAAUGAUCAGCACCCGUCCUCGGUAUGACACCUGGGAGAGGAGCCACCUCCACCUCGUCAGCCUAGACACUACUGCCUGAGCCACCCCCUGCCAGUUCUUUGUGACCCAACACUCCUAAACUCACCCCCUCCCAGACACACCCCUAAAAUCUUAAGCCCCUCCUUAUCUCCUUUCAACCCCCCAGCAAGCCCAGGAGGUACCCUGUCCUCCCAUGCCACACAGCAAUGCCCCACUCUUACCCCAUUCCAACCCCCCAGCAAGCCCAGGAGGUACCCUGUCCCCCCAUGCACACAGCAAUGCCCCACUCUUACCCCAUUCCAACCCCCCAGCAAGCCCAGGAGGUACCCUGUCCCCCCAUGCACACAGCAAUGCCCCACUCUUACCCCAUUCCAACCCCCCAGCAAGCCCAGGAGGUACCCUGUCCCCCCAUGCCCCACACAGCAAUGCCCCACUCUUACCCCAGUUCAACCCCCCAGGAAGCCCAGGAGGUACCCUGUCCCCCCAUGCCCCACACAGCAAUGCCCCACUCUUACCCCAGUUCAACCCCCCAGGAAGCCCAGGAGGUACCCUGUCCCCCCAUGCCCCACACAGCAAUGCUCCACUCUUACCCCAGUUCAACCUGGCAGAUGAUUCCCCCUCAUACACCCUUAAACACGACUCCAACGCCAGGACAUCCUGGUCCUUCAACAGGACUGAGACAGUUUCCUGCAUAACAGACCCAAAAAGGGCUCAAUAGCAAGGGUGUAGAACUGCCCAGAUAGAGGACAACCCUGACGUAUGCCCCUCCCCACCGGACAGGCCUACUGAGCCCCCCUCCCACCUUCACCAGACAAGAAGCCCCAGCAUACAACAUUUUAACCCAGGACAAAAACCGCUCCCCACUCCCAAAAGCAGACAACCCCCUAAACAAAUAUAUAUGAUCCACCCUGUCAAACGCCUUUUCCUGGUCCAAAGAAACCAGUCUUCGAAGACCCUGACAAAUCCAACAUAUCCCUGAUCAAAAACAGAUUGUCUGUGAUAGUGUGACCUUUUCAGCCCUAUAUAAAUCAGAAUAGAACUCCACAGCUCGCUCCUGCAUCUCCCCCACAACAGAAGACCUCGCCCAUCUCUCCCACAACAGAAGACCUCGCCCAUCUCCCCCACAACAGAAGACCUCGCCCAUCUCCCCCACAACAGAAGACCUCGCCCAUCUCUCCCACAACAGAAGACCUCGCCCAUCUCCCCCACAACAGAAGACCUCGCCCAUCUCCCCCACAACAGAAGACCUCGCCCAUCUCCCCCACAACAGAAGAAACCCGACCAUCAGCCAUACGUAAACAGUGCAUACGCUUCCUUUCUCCACUCUGUGUUUCCAAGCCAAAAAAGGAGGAGCUGGGAGCAUCCAUCUCAUUCAAAAUAGAAAACCUAGCUCUUACAAGUGCCCCCUUUGCUUUCAACUCAAGAAAUGCACCCAGAUCCCUACGCAAUUCAGGCAGGUUCGAAACCAGCCCCCCCCGUUUUGCCCGAGCAACUCAGCCUCCGUCUCACUUAAGUUCUGUUCAAGUUUCCCCAACACUCUCCUAGAUUCAGCUGAGGAAAAAGACGUAAAUUGUUGACAAAAAAGCCAAAUCUGUGUCCUCCCAACAUCCCACCACAGACUAAGAGACUCAUAAUCAUCCUUCCGCUGCACCCAACACCCCCAAAAUUUAAUAAAACAAGAGCAAAAAGCAGCAUCUAGUAAGGGCUUUACAUUACAUUUCCAGUAGGACGCAUGCCGGAGCCCCGGUGUAACAGAGAGCUGAGACCUGGUAAUAUGAUAAACCUAACUGGGAGUAUGGAGGCCGACACCAGCCUAUUGUUCUGGUGCCUGAACAUAUAAACACGAUCCAGGCAAGAGGCACUAACCCUCCCCCCAACUACCUUCACCCAGGUAUAUACAAACCCUCCCCCCAACUACCUUCACCCAGGUAUAUACUAACCCUC